AUGGGAGGCGACGCAGCUGUCUCCAACGCCACACGGAAUGUUCUGGCCAACAACUCCACCAAAUUAAUAGAUAAGUCCACUUUUGUCGGACCGGUAAUGGUUAUUCUGGCGGUGAUGAUGGUCACGUUGGUAAUUGUGACAAUCUCAGGGAACGCGCUGGUCAUAUUUGCCUUCAAAGUUGACAAAAGUUUAAGGAGGCAAAGUCACUAUUUUUUCUUAAAUUUGGCGAUCUCCGAUUUUCUUCUUGGUGUUUUCUGCAUUCCUGUGUACAUCCCAUACAUCCUCUCUGGUCGAUGGAUGUUGGGUAGGGGGCUGUGUAAGCUGUGGCUGGUCAUGGACUACCUGCUGUGCACUGCCUCAGUCUUCAACAUCGUCCUCAUCAGCUAUGAUCGUUUCCAGUCUGUUACCCAAGCGGUGUCUUAUCGCGCAAAACAAGGGAUGAGCGGGCCAGCUCUUGGGAAGAUGAUUGCCGUGUGGGUGCUGGCGUUCCUUCUCUACGGACCGGCCAUCCUCUUCUGGGACCUGGUGUCUGGUCAGAGCUGCGUGCCCGAGGACGACUGCUUCGCCGAGUUCUACUACACGUGGUAUUUCCUGCUGAGCGCCUCCAUCCUGGAGUUCUUCUGCCCGCUGGUCUCGGUGGCCUUCUUCAACCUCAGCAUCUAUUUGAACAUCCGCCGGAGGAGACUGGGCAGCGCCAAGCCCCGGGCCACGCCGGAGGUCUCCUCCCCGGCCGAGAGCGUCCGGCUCUCCUCGCUCCUCUACCGCCACUCUCCGCUUUUCGCCAGCAAGAAGACGGCGGCCGCGGUGGUGGCGGUGGCGGCGGCGGCGGCCCGUGAGGAGGACGGGGGCUCGCUGGAGUCUCGGGCGUCGUCGCCGCCGCCGGUCAGCCGGGCGGGCAGCUGCGGAGGGCCUCAGCGCAGCUCGCGGCUGCGGCGGGACAAGAAGGUGGCCAAGUCGCUGGCGGUGAUCGUGUGCGUGUUCGCCGUGUGCUGGGCGCCCUACACGCUGCUGAUGAUCAUUCGGGCGGCCUGUCGGGGGCGCUGCAUCCCCGACCACUGGUACGAGGUCUCCUUCUGGCUCCUGUGGCUCAACUCGGCCAUCAACCCCUUCCUGUACCCGGUGUGCCACAGUAGCUUCCGCCGCGCCUUUGCCAAGAUCCUGUGCCCAGGACGGAGGAAGUCCGGCAGACAUCACGGCGAACCCCCCUAGUCCCUCAGAUCACUCUCCUGCUUAUCGAAAGCAGAAUGCAACGUAAACAAUGUGGGAUGCAUAUUAAGUUGUCAUGUUCUUUGGCAUCACAAACCACUCACAUGUGCAGGAUACUUUGGAAGCUUCUGCAGGAACAAGGAGAGUAGUUACAUCGAUUACUUCAUAAAAGGUUGCUGAUGUCAGUUUUGUCAUUAUUUAUUAUUUAUCUGUAUUUGGUCCUUGGUCGUGAACAGCUUUUUGGGAAACUUCAAUCGGCAUGUUUUGUGGAUUCUUGUGUCAUGCUUAUUUGUUUUACGUCAUUGCAUAGCUCUGACACUUAUGCUAUGAUCAGCUUUGGCCUUGUCGUGUUUGUGCAUUUGUAUCUCUGGGAUUUGAUCAUUUGAUGAAUGACUGUAGAACAUAUAAUGGGUAAAAUUGAGACGUGGAAUUUUGCAUUCAAGUGAAAUGUACGAGGAGGAGGUAAAGCAAAGUCAAGUAAAAUUUGGCAUACUAUCAUUCAGUGAGCUUGUGUGGAUGGCACAGAGGAAGUGCUGAUAUUACUUUUUUGUUCAGUAAAAAUGGCAAAGGAUUUGAGCCGAAUACAUGACAUUG